AAAUGGAGAACGAAAUUUUCACUCCGCUUUUGGAGCAGUUCAUGACCAGCCCCUUGGUCACCUGGGUGAAAACGUUCGGACCUCUGGCCGCAGGCAGUGGGACCAAUCUGGAUGAGUAUGUGGCUUUGGUGGAUGGGGUGUUCUUGAACCAGGUCAUGCUCCAAAUUAAUCCUAAAUCGGAGAGUCAGAGAGUUAAUAAAAAAGUCAACAAUGAUGCUUCACUUAGAAUUCAUAAUUUAUCCAUUUUGGUGAAACAGAUAAAAUUUUAUUACCAGGAGACUUUGCAGCAAUUGAUUAUGAUGUCUUUGCCAAAUGUCUUGAUUAUUGGCAAAAAUCCAUUUUCUGAACAAGGCACGGAAGAAGUUAAAAAACUGCUUUUGCUCUUACUGGGAUGUGCAGUUCAGUGUCAGAAAAAAGAAGAAUUUAUUGAAAGAAUUCAAGGAUUAGAUUUUGAUACAAAAGCAGCAGUUGCCGCACAUAUUCAAGAGGUAACGCAUAAUCAGGAAAAUGUGUUUGAUCUGCAAUGGAUGGAAGUGUCAGAUAUGUCUCAGGAGGAUAUAGAACCACUAUUGAAAAAUAUGGCAUUGCAUCUAAAGAGACUUAUAGACGAGAGAGAUGAACAUUCAGAGACUAUCAUAGAACUCUCUGAAGAGCGAGAUGGUCUUCAUUUUCUCCCCCAUGGCUCUUCAUCUGCACAAUCACCCUGUGGUUCUCCAGGCAUGAAGCGAACAGAAAGUCGACAGCAUCUGUCAGUGGAACUGGCUGAUGCUAAGGCUAAGAUAAGAAGGCUUAGGCAGGAACUGGAGGAAAAGACUGAACAGUUGUUGGACUGCAAACAAGAACUUGAACAAAUGGAAAUAGAAUUUAAAAGGCUACAACAAGAGAACAUGAAUUUGCUUUCGGAUGCUCGUUGUGCUAGAAUGUACCGAGAUGAAUUGGAUGCCCUUCGAGAAAAGGCAGUCAGAGUUGAUAAACUUGAAAGUGAAGUCAGCAGAUAUAAAGAGAGACUACAUGAUAUUGAAUUUUAUAAAGCAAGAGUUGAGGAAUUAAAAGAAGACAAUCAAGUUUUAUUAGAAACAAAAACCAUGUUGGAAGAUCAACUAGAAGGAACUCGAGCUCGUUCUGACAAAUUACAUGAAUUAGAAAAAGAGAAUUUACAACUAAAGGCUAAACUACAUGAUAUGGAAAUGGUAAGAUUUAUGGAGCAAAAUCAGUUACAUACACCACAGAAAUCCUUGAGCCAUGAAGUGAGUGAGUUGACAUCAAGUAGGUUAUUAAAGUUGGAGAUGGAAAACCAAAGUUUGACAAAAACUGUAGAAGAGCUUCGGAGUACUAUGGAUUCUGUAGAAGACACCACUUCCAAAAUACUGAAAAUUGAAAAAGAAAAUCAAAGACUGAAUAAAAAGGUUGAAGUUCUUGAAAGUGAGAUUAUUCAAGAAAAGCAAAGUCUUCAGAAUUGUCAAAAUUUAAGCAAGGAUCUAAUGAAGGAAAAAGCUCAGCUCGAAAAAACAAUUGAAACACUUAGAGAAAAUUCAGAGAGACAGAUUAAAAUACUGGAACAGGAAAAUGAACAUCUGAAUCAAACAGUGUCUUCCUUAAGGCAGCGUUCUCAGAUAAGUGCUGAAGCAAGGGUAAAAGACAUUGAAAAAGAAAAUAAAAUUCUCCACGAAUCUAUCAAAGAAACAAGUAGCAAGCUAAGCAAGAUUGAAUUUGAAAAAAGGCAAAUUAGAAAAGAAUUGGAACAUUAUAAAGAAAAAGGAGAACGAACAGAAGAACUUGAAAGUGAGUUGCAUCAUCUUGGAAAAGAAAAUGAAUUGUUGCAGAAAAAAAUAACCAAUUUAAAAAUUACUUGCGAAAAAAUUGAGGCCUUAGAACAAGAAAAUUCAGAGCUAGAAAGAGAAAAUAGAAAGUUUAAAAAAACACUGGAUAGUUUUAAAAACCUUACUUUUCAGUUAGAAUCCUUAGAAAAAGAAAAUUCCCAACUUGAUGAAGAAAACUUAGAACUUCGAAGAAAUGUGGAGUCUUUGAAGGGAGCAAGCAUGAAAAUGGCUCAGCUACAACUAGAAAACAAAGAGCUAGAAAGUGAAAAAGAACAACUUAAGAAAGGUUUAGAGCUCAUGAAAGCAUCUUUCAAGAAAACAGAACGUUUGGAAGUUAGCUACCAGGGAUUAGAUACAGAAAACCAAAGGCUACAGAAAGCUUUGGAAAAUAGCAAUAAAAAAAUCCAACAAUUAGAAAGUGAACUACAAGACUUAGAGAUGGAAAAUCAAACAUUGCAAAAGAACCUAGAAGAAUUGAAAAUAUCUAGCAAGAGAUUAGAACAGCUUGAAAAAGAAAAUAAAUCAUUAGAGCAGGAAACAUCUCAGCUGGAAAAGGAUAAGAAACAACUGGAGAAGGAAAACAAGAGACUCCGACAACAAGCAGAAAUAAAAGAUAUUACCUUAGAAGAAAAUAAUGUGAAGAUUGGAAAUUUGGAAAAAGAAAACAAAACUCUUUUUAAAGAAAUUGGUGUAUAUAAAGAAUCUUGUGUUCGUCUCAAAGAAUUAGAAAAGGAAAAUAAAGAGCUUGUGAAAAGAGCAACUAUUGAUGUAAAAACUUUGGUUACAUUACGUGAGGAUUUGGUGAGUGAAAAAUUGAAGACUCAACAAAUGAACAAUGAUCUUGAGAAAUUAACUCAUGAGCUUGAGAAGAUAGGGUUAAAUAAAGAGCGACUCUUACAUGAUGAACAAAGUACUGAUGACAGUAGGUACAAACUUUUGGAAUCAAAGUUAGAAUCUACUCUUAAGAAAUCUCUUGAAAUAAAAGAAGAAAAAAUUGCUGCAUUAGAAGCUCGAUUAGAAGAAUCCACAAAUUAUAACCAGCAAUUGCGACAAGAACUUAAAACAGUGAAAAAAAAUUAUGAAGCACUCAAACAGCGACAAGAUGAGGAAAGAAUGGUGCAGAGCUCUCCUGUAGUACCCAGGGAAGAUAAUAAAUGGGAACGAGAAAGCCAAGAAACAACUAGAGAGCUUCUAAAAGUUAAAGACAGAUUAAUUGAAGUAGAGAGAAAUAAUGCUACAUUGCAAGCAGAGAAGCAAGCAUUGAAAACUCAACUGAAGCAACUUGAAACACAGAACAAUAAUUUGCAGGCUCAGAUUCUUGCACUUCAGAGGCAAACUGUGUCAUUACAGGAACAGAAUACUACCCUUCAAACCCAGAAUGCCAAGCUUCAGGUUGAAAAUUCCACUCUUAAUUCUCAAAGUACCUCACUUAUGAACCAGAAUGCACAACUCUUAAUCCAGCAGUCAUCCUUAGAAAAUGAAAAUGAAUCUAUAAUCAAAGAACGAGAAGACCUGAAAUGUCUCUAUGAUUCUCUAAUCAAAGAUCAUGAGAAGCUGGAACUUCUUCACGAACGCCAGGCCUCAGAGUAUGAAUCUCUCAUCUCUAAACAUGGAACUCUGAAGUCUGCCCACAAAAAUCUUGAAGUGGAACAUAAAGAUCUUGAAGACCGUUACAAUCAGUUAUUAAAACAGAAAGGACAAUUGGAAGAUUUGGAAAAAACACUCAAAAUAGAACAGGAAAAAAUGCUUCUUGAAAACAAAAAUCAUGAGACGAUAGCUGCAGAAUACAAGAAACUUUGUGGUGAAAAUGAUAGGUUAAAUUAUACAUAUAGCCAGCUUUUAAAAGAGACUGAAAUUUUACAAACUGACCACAAAAAUUUGAAAAGUCUCCUAAAUAAUUCUAAACUGGAACAAACAAGAUUAGAAGCUGAAUUUUCGAAGCUAAAGGAACAGUACCAACAGCUGGAUAUCACAUCCACAAAACUAAAUAACCAGUGUGAGUUGCUCAGCCAACUUAAAGGAAAUUUGGAAGAAGAAAAUCGACAUCUACUAGAUCAAAUUCAGACACUAAUGCUUCAGAAUAGAACACUGUUGGAACAAAAUAUGGAGAGCAAGGAUCUUUUUCAUGUAGAGCAAAGACAGUACAUUGAUAAGUUAAAUGAAUUAAGACGACAGAAGGAGAAAUUAGAAGAGAAAAUUAUGGAUCAGUACAAGUUUUAUGACCCAUCUCCUCCUAGAAGGAGAGGCAACUGGAUUACUCUAAAAAUGAGAAAAUUGAUAAAGUCCAAGAAAGAUAUUAACCGGGAACGUCAGAAAUCUCUAACAUUAACACCUACACGCUCAGAUUCCAGUGAAGGAUUUCUUCAGCUGCCCCAUCAAGAUAGUCAAGAUAGUUCUUCAGUAGGGUCAAAUUCUUUAGAAGAUGGACAAACUCUGGGGACCAAGAAAAGCAGCAUGGUUGCACUGAAAAGACUGCCCUUUUUGAGGAACAGACCGAAGGAUAAAGACAAAAUGAAGGCCUGCUACCGUCGUUCCAUGUCCAUGAAUGACCUGGUGCAGUCCAUGGUCCUAGCAGGAGGACAGUGGACAGGUAGUACUGAGAAUUUGGAGGUUCCUGAUGAUAUUUCAACUGGUAAAAGGAGAAAAGAAUUGGGAGCUAUGGCCUUCUCUACUACAGCCAUCAACUUUUCAACUGUCAACUCUUCUGCAGGCUUCAGAUCCAAGCAGUUGGUUAAUAAUAAAGAUACUACAUCCUUUGAAGAUAUAAGUCCACAAGGUAUUAGUGAUGAUUCUAGUACGGGAUCAAGAGUUCAUGCUUCAAGACCAGCCAGCCUUGAUAGUGGCAGAACAUCCACUAGCAAUAGCAAUAACAAUGCUUCACUCCAUGAAGUCAAAGCAGGUGCAGUUAAUAACCAAAGCAGGCCACAAAGCCACAGCAGUGGAGAAUUUAGCCUGCCUCAUGAUCAUGAGACUUGGUCCAGCAGUGGUAGCAGUCCAAUCCAGUACUUGAAAAGACAAGCCAGAUCAAGUCCAGUGCUCCAGCACAAAAUGCCAGAAACACUAGAAAGUCGAGGACUUCAUAAAAUUAAAAUUGGUUCCCCUGGAAGUGAAGUCGUUACUCUACAACAGUUUCUGGAAGAAAGCAACAAGCUUACCUCAAUACAGCUAAAGUCCUCAAGUCAAGAGAAUCUUUUAGAUGAAGUAAUGAAAAGUUUAUCUGUUUCUUCUGACUUUUUGGGAAAAGACAAGCCAGUUAGUUGUGGUCUGUCCAGGUCAGUAAGUGGAAAAACCCCAGGGGACUUCCAUGACAGACGGACAACUAAGCCUGAGUUUGUGAGACCUGGUCCUCGAAAGACUGAAGAUGCCUACUUCAUUGGUUCUACAGGAAAGUCUGCAUCAGGCACUCAAGGAAAGAUAAAACUAGUAAAAGAAACCUCUCUGUCAAGACAAUCAAAAGAUAGCAAUCCUUAUGCCACUUUACCUCGUGCAAGUAGUGUGAUCUCCACAGCCGAAGGAACAACACGGAGGACAAGCAUACAUGAUUUUUUGGCCAAGGACAGUAGACUGCCUUUGUCAAUUGAUUCUCCACUGCCUACUGCUGAUAGCAACAUCACUGCAGCGUCUAAUGUGGACAAAGUACAAGAAAGCAGAAAUUCAAAAAGCAGGUCUAGGGAGCAACAAAGCUCCUAAUUCUGUUACCCACUACAUGACAUGUGGGCCAAGUGAGAGAAAAGUGCCCUUCAGUUUCUCAGUGUGAAGCUUUUUUCUGAAGUAACAAGACACCUAGCAACUAUAGGAGCCAUUUCUUAAAAAUCUUUAAGGAGACCUUUAACAAUCCUUCGUGAAUAGAGCAGGCAAGAAAUACAAACCUUCAUUCCUUCCUUGAAUCAAGGAGCUCUACUGGAUUCAACUGCCAAAAGUUUUAGAAGGUUUUAGGACUUAAUAUAUUGUAUCAUUAAGCUCUUCUGAAUAAAGGACAUUCUCUCACUAAGGACCAAGUGUUUCAAGGUCAAAUGUUAUAAGAAGUAUUCCAAGAACAGUCUACUUUUCAUCAGUUAUGAAUUUAUCCAUGUUUGCUUAAUGCUAAGUAUUAGCCAAAAUCUAGCCAUUUAUAUUUAGUUGUGUAAACCUAAAUUAAAUGCUGUAGUAUUUUGUGGAAUGUACUUAUAUAUCAAGAUACAGAGGAAAAAAAAUGUUUUGGCAUGUUAUAACGAGCCUUUUUUUGGUUAGCAGACUGCAUGUGUUGGUACUUUUCUUUUGAGGCCAGUUACUUUGGUGCACUCCAGAAGAAAUUCAGUUUAUAAAAUACAUCUGAAAAAUACAUGAGAUAUAUUAUAAACAGCAUAAGUUAUAUUAUUUUUCCAUAUUCCCAUCAAGCAACACUUAACAGGCAUACAUGGACCCCAGAUAAAAGUGGUUUUUUGAGACCUUUUUAGGAUCGUUUUCCAGCAAGGCAUUCCCAAGAUAAAGCUGUUGUUUUAGCUCAUUUCACUUCUUUGCUGUUGGGUUAUGUAAGUGUGUGUUUUUUUAACUUGAGAGCUGAUUAUUGCUUAAGAAGUUUUCUUAUGGCAAAACAAAUAAUGUAAAUAAUUUAUUAUGAUCUGCAAUUUGCCAAGAACUCAUUUAUUAUUAAUGUUAUCAUUUAUUAAUAAGGAUUUUUGUUUUGUCCUUUAUAAUAUUACAUUAAAGUUGAUAACUGGUACUUUUGAAAUAUUUGUAUGUUUGUUACCUUAAACAUUUGGAAGAAGCACAAAAAGUAGGUUUAGUUAACCCAGGGAAACAUCAAUUUUUAGUAGUUCCAAUUUUAUAUCACAGGUUUAUUUUCUUAUGAAGUAAAAUGCAAUGAAUGCAUUGAUGCAAGUUCAUUGUUCAACAUAAAACUAUCAGAAUAAUCUUCUGAAAUGAGAAGAUACUGACUUAUUUUAACAGUGUACUUCUUAGGCUCUCAUUACCAGCUCUAAAGAACUUUUUGGAAUAAUUCCAUGUUCCAUAAUGUUGUUUAUGAACUACAUACAUCAUCACUAACCCAGUAACCACGAGAAAAGCCUCUCUUCACUGUCUGUCUGACUCUCUCUCCUUUUGGUAAGUGGUAGGCCAGUAGCAAUGUGUGUUUAGUCCCUUUGGAAAGGCCACCAGUAAAAAAGAGACAGCAUGUUUAGUUGUCCAGAAAGUUAUAUCGAAAGAUAGCUUGGAUUUAUUUUAACUCAGUGCCACCAUCAAUGUAGGUUUUGCCAGCAAAUAAUGCUGUAAGAUCACUUUGAAACUUUUGGAUGAAAGGUGCUAUGUAAAUGUAAAUACAAAGCAUUCAUAAUGCAAUACAAAUAUUGCACGACAAAAUAUUUAAAAUGUAUACUCUAGACUGUGAAAUACCUCUCUCCAUCAUGACACCCUGGAUUCAAGUACAUAAUUGGUAAAUGGGUAUUAUGGAAGCCUAGAGACACUUUCAUGUAAAAAUUGUAAAUUAAUCUUGAGUUAUGUAAGUUGAAAGUAAAUGUAGAAUUACGUUUUAGCUAAAUAAAGUGGGUAACUUAGAUUUAUAUUAACUAGCAUCAAAUUUGCACAACUAGGACAUAUCCCAGGACAGUUACUGAAAGUUGAGACUUAAUGAGUGUGAGAUCUGGUGAGAGUGAAUGAUAGCAGUUUGACCUCUCCACAGUACUAAUAUCCUAAAUCAGAACAUUUCUGAGGUAGCCAAACACACUACUGUUUCAAAGGAAAACACUGAAUGACAGGCUGUAAAGUACUAAAUUGAAGUAGGCUGACCCUGAGAAAGACAGAUAAAACCAAUUUUAAAAUCUCGUGACUAUAUAUAUAACAUACAAAUAUACUCAAUUAUGUUCAUUACCUUUUAAUACCAUUUCAAGAAAGGACUCAGAAGUAGGGAACCUAUUUUUGCCAAGAGCUAUUUGGAUAUUACAUUGUUUAAAGGUCAUCAAUACAAGUAGACAGUCAAGGGAAGCUGAUGAGACAUAUACCAGAAACUUGCAUGUGUGUCCCAUCAUGUACCAGAUGAUUUUGAGGCCCUUCUUAGGAGACGUUCCCCACCCCUACACCAGCUAAUUACAUGGAAAAGCUAUCCUCAGAGGAAGUUUGUAAGAAGCCACUCUUUUCCUUUAACCUUCUGCCAAACAGAAUAGUAAGGUGAAUUUAUCAGGGCCAUUUUCAUAACAUGCUUUCAAUCUGGCUGUAUUCUAAGACAAUGCCUAAACCCCCAAGGAAACUGAAAAAAAUUCAACAUACAGGGUAAUAGUUUCAGCCCAGAGCUCUAAUGUACUUCAGAUCUGACCAUAAAGUAUUUUGGCCCAAGUUUUUGAAUGGUGGUUACCAAAGAAUUCACAACCUUAUAUGUAGCACCUUUCAUGGCAAAGCCUAUUUAAAAAUCACUGUGCAUAUUAUAGAAUUGUACCACCUCACAAGUGAAGUACUACAGCCUGUACUGUCUUAAGUUUCUGUCAAGAAGUGAAAACAUUACUGUACCAAAUCUGGAAUUAUAAUGGGAAAUAAUAAUGUAUGUUAAAUUACUUGUAUUUUAAGUUACUUUUUAUGAAAAAAAGUGGUAAACUGUCUUUUUCUUUUCAGCUACUUAGUCCUGAAAUGUAUUCUUUUCUUUAACCCUUGAAUGAAAAUACAAAAGGAGCCCAUUUUAUAAUAUAAACCUUGAUGUACAUGUUGAGAUAUUUGAACAGUGAAAAUGCCUUAAAAGGAAUGCUUAAUGGAUAAUGUUGCACUUACAACACCUGUUAACAAAACCUGAUUUUAAAUUGUCUUUUACUUCUAAGGGGUUUCUUCAGUGUUUGCUAUUGUACUUAAUAAUUGUUAUUAAAACCAAAUCAAGUAAUACAAAAUCUGUAACAUUUCCUUUAAAACUAAUGCUAAUGAAGGAUUUGAAUGCCAAAAUGUUUUAUUACUUGGCAAUACCUAUUAGCCAUAGGAUUCCAACUCAUGACAAGAGACACCAUUGUUUGUCUUUUUAAAACCUUUUCAUUUUAGUUUAAUUUUGUUUCUUUAAAGAUUAAGUUGGAUUAUGGAUUAACAUUCAUUUUCUGAUAUAAAAAGAAAUAAAGCAGGUAAUAUUUAUAACAAGUGAUUAGUAAUCAUUUAAAAAUUUUGUUUUAUCCAAAUGCUAUUCUUUGCUUUAGAGAACAGUUUUCAGACACAGCCUAUAAUUUUUAUAUAGAUUAUUUUGGUCCUAAUCAUUUGCGAAUGAGUGCUAACAAGUUUGGGGAGUAAGAUUAGUAUUAGUUCCAUCUGUCUCAACAUAGGUUUCAAUACAACUUACAGAUAGUCCAACUAAUCUGAAGGCAGUUUACCAAGACCCUUAGUGGAUACCUGAAUUUCAACCACAAAUAGUACUACGUCCUAUCUGAACAGAGUUUUCCUACCAUACAUUGCUGAAAUAAUUUAUUACAUAGGUCCAGUAAGAGAUUGACAAGUAUAACUAGUCAUAAAACCAUUAUGAUAAAAAUUACAUGAAUAUUAUCUUUUUGAAAUAUA